AUGUGUACGACUCCAAAGUCCGAUGCUGUCGCCAAAUACAAGUUUGCAGAAAUUGCCCAAAAGGACAUCAUGGACGCUCUAGGUCAAUUUAAAGACCUUAGGCCUGGACAAGAAAGAUUUUAUUUCAAUGACGGUAGGAGGAUGAAAUUGUUAAAUCUAAGUGGCACGAUCCCCGUAGAGUACAAAGGGAAUGUAUACAACAUUCCUGUCACAGUGUGGUUACUGGACACGCAUCCCUAUAACCCGCCAAUGGUUUAUGUAAAUCCAACCAGUGACAUGUGUUUAAAGGCCAACAACCUUAUGGACUCUAACGGAAAACUUGAUUUGCCCUACCUGAGGGAUUGGAGAUAUCCGCAGUCGGACCUUCUCGGUCUAAUACAAAUUAUGGUCAUUGAGUUUAGCGAGAAACCACCAGUUUAUUCGAACUCUGCAUCAUCACAACAAAGACGUCAGACUCAGUUGGAACAAGGGGAACUUCUGGUUUAUUUAAGCUCUACACCAUCCCAACAAAGACCUCAAGUUCAGAGGGUACACUCACAUCCACCUGCAUGUACAGAAAGUAAUGAAAAACGUAUCUUGUGCUUCGUCAAAUUAACACGACUUUCCCGAGAUGCCCUUCAAAUAUUUUUCGAUGAUGUCUUCCCUGGGCAUGAACUGCAAAAUAUGUUGACUGACAAAAAACACUUGAUUAAGAAUGGAGGAAUUAGAAUACAUAAAGAUCAAAUACCAGUACUUUAUCCAGAUUCUCACUAG